AUGUUGACGACGAAACAAAAUACUUUAAACAAGCGUAGGUUUCCUAUCAUUUGCUCUCGUGCCGCACCUUACCAAGGUCUUAACGAGCUAUCCUCAACCAUUUACCUUCUCCGACUUUGAAUUCAGCAGAAUAAUGAGGGAAUGCAUUUCUGUCCACGUCGGCCAGGCCGGAUGUCAGAUGGGCAAUGCAUGCUGGGAGUUAUAUUGUCUGGAGCACGGCAUCCAGCCUGAUGGUCAGAUGCCCUCGGACAAGACGGUUGGUUAUGGAGACGACUCCUUCAACACCUUCUUCAGCGAGACUGGAGCAGGGAAGCACGUCCCCAGGGCCGUCUUCGUCGACCUUGAACCUACUGUUAUCGACGAGAUCCGUACCGGCACCUACCGCCAGCUUUUCCACCCCGAGCAGCUCAUCACCGGCAAGGAGGACGCCGCCAACAACUACGCCCGUGGUCACUACACCAUCGGCAAGGAACUUAUUGACCUUGUCCUUGACCGUAUGAGAAAAUUAGCUGACCAGUGUAGUGGACUUCAAGGUUUCCUCAUCUUCCACAGCUUCGGUGGUGGUACGGGUUCUGGAUUUUGUUCCCUUCUUCUAGAACGACUGAGUGUAGACUACGGAAAGAAGUCGAAGCUCGAGUUUUCGAUAUACCCCGCCCCUCGGGUGUCUACCGCCGUGGUGGAGCCCUACAAUUCCAUCUUGACCACUCACACCACCCUUGAGCACUCCGAUGUCGCCUUCAUGGUCGACAAUGAGGCCAUCUACGACAUUUGCAAGCGUAACCUUGACAUUGCCAGACCAACCUACACCAAUUUGAACCGUUUGAUUGGUCAGAUUGUCAGUUCCGUCACUGCUUCUCUUCGUUUCGACGGUGCCCUGAACGUGGAUCUGACCGAGUUCCAGACCAACUUGGUGCCCUACCCACGUAUCCACUUCCCUCUGGCUAACUAUGCUCCGGUUAUUUCCGCCGAGAAGGCCUACCACGAGCAGCUGACUGUCGCUGAAGUCACCAACGCUUGUUUCGAGCCUGCCAACCAGAUGGUCAAGUGUGACCCCCGUCACGGCAAGUACAUGGCCUGCUGUUUACUUUACCGCGGAGACGUCGUCCCGAAGGACGUCAACGCUGCUGUAGCAGCAAUCAAGACCAAGAGAACCAUCCAGUUCGUCGACUGGUGCCCCACGGGUUUCAAGGUCGGCAUCAACUACCAGCCACCAACAGUUGUCCCCGGUGGUGACUUGGCCAAGGUCCAGAGAGCCGUCUGCAUGUUGGCAAACACCACCGCUAUCGCCGAGGCCUGGGCUCGUCUUGACCACAAGUUCGAUCUGAUGUACGCCAAGCGAGCUUUCGUCCACUGGUACGUGGGUGAGGGUAUGGAGGAGGGAGAGUUCUCCGAGGCCCGUGAGGACUUGGCUGCUCUGGAGAAGGACUACGAGGAGGUUGGAGUAGACUCGACGGAGGCACAGGGUGAAGAUGAGGAAGAAUAUUGAUAACAUCUGUCCAUCUGUUUCAUUUGGUCAAAAGGGAAAUGAAAUAAGACUUGAUGCUUAUUGUAUUUCGCACUAUUCUAUACAACAAUCGUUUUGUUAAAUUAUGUAGUUAUGGUCACGUUUUCAUCAACAACGAUGGUCUGAACGAAUCUAAUGGUAUUCUGAACCUAAGAUUAUGGAAUUACUGCUGACUUCUGCGUCUAUAAUUUUCCUCAAGACAUCAGAAUUUUAGGAUUCUCGUUAAAUAGUCAUAUCUUUUUUGCUAAUUUUAGUAUUUUUUAUUGUAUAACUUUAAAGUGACUGAUUACAAUUUUGUUUUGAUAAUAUUUGAUAAUAUAACAAAGAAUCAGCUUACAGAAUAUUGCACUAAUUCUAUUUGUGAAUGCUAUAUAUUAUCAUUAAUCAGUUCUAUAUUGUUGAAUAAACAAUAACAUAAA